GGGGUUUAAAGCCCGGGCCGGGCGGUGGCGAGCCUGUCCCGGGGAAAGUUGUGCCCGAGUUACCGCCGGCUCGGACGGGCACCGGGAUCUAUACCGCCGGCCUCUCGGGGCGUCCCCUGCCAGCCCCGCUGCCCUCGGUGCCGCAGAUGACCCUGAACACGCAGCGCGGGAGCAAGAGCCCCCUGCGGAGGAGGGCCAGCACCCCUUUGCCACGGCCGGGGGUGCCGGGUGCCACGCCGCGGGCCGAGCCCUGCCACCCCCAGCUCGGCCACUCCGCGUCCGAGCCAGGUGGCAGGGCUGCGGCACCCCGGGGCAGUUGGUCCUCCGACUCCUCGGGCUCCUCCGGCUCCUGGGAGCCCCUGUACCGUGUGGUGCUGCUGGGCGACCCCGGCGUGGGCAAGACCAGUCUGGUCAACCUCUUCGCCGGCAUCCAGGAGCGGGACCUGCUGGAGCAGCACGGAGUGGCUGCAUACGAGCGCACGCUGUCCGUGGAUGGCGAGGAGACCACGCUGCUGGUGAUGGACACCUGGGAGCCGGAGCAGCGGGGCGAGGAGAGCUGGCACCGCAGCCAGUGCCUGCAGGUGGGAAACGCCUAUGUCAUCGUCUACUCCAUCACUGACCGUGGCAGCUUUGAGAGCGCCUCGGAGCUGCGCAUCCAGCUGCGCCGCGCACGGCAGGCUGAGGACAUCCCCAUCAUCCUGGUGGGAAACAAAACCGACCUGGUGCGGUGCCGUGAGGUCUCUGUCGAAGAGGGCCGUGCCUGCGCCGUGGUGUUCGACUGCAAGUUCAUCGAGACGUCAGCAGCUCUGCAGCAUAACGUGGCUGAGCUCUUCGAGGGGGUGGUGCGGCAGAUCCGCCUGCGCCGUGGGGGCAAGGAGGCCCGUGCGCACCCCACGCCCAGCCAGAAGCGCAAGGAGAGCCUCACCAAGAGAGCCCGGCGCUUCCUCGACAGGCUGGUGGCCAGGAACAGCAGUAAAGUAGCCCUCAAGGUCCGCUCCAAGUCCUGCCACGACCUGUCUGUGCUCUGAGAUCCACCACCUUCCCGUCCCUCUGCACACGCAGGCUGGGACUGUCCUCUCUGCCAGCAGCGUGGCCUGCAGCAACACGGAGAGCCCAGACAAGGCUGGAGCGCUGCUGAGGAUGUGGAGCUGUUUUAACCGGUGAUGAAGGAUGCCCGGAGUGCUCUGGAUCUGGACGCUUCCCCUCCAAGAGGGGGGACAAGUGGGGCUGGGUCCCCUGGGCUGCACCCCUGGACCAGAGGGUGGGAUGGGCACCGGCACUUGGGGUGGUGGGAUCCUGGAUUAUAGAGGCUCCCGGGGAGCUGGAGGUGAGGGGUGGCUGUGCCCCGGUGCAGGGCUGCCUGCAGGGCUGGAGGCUGCCGGGAGCGUGGCAGGUCCCGCUUGUGGUGCCUGUCCUUUGCAGGGCAGCAGCGACUGGUGAGGGCACCAUAGCAGUGUCCAUCUUGAGGACAUCCAGGAGCCUGGCCAGGGAGAGGGGCAGGGAGAGCACCGGCAGCAUCACCUGGCACCCCCGACCCCUCCAUGCCAGGGCUUUGUGCCACAUGUCCCUGGCACCAGUGUUUCUUGGACUGAGUUUUUCUGCUGUCUCUCUACUGGUGCAAUGGGGAAACCCCUUGAUCUGCAGAAUAAACCGCGUCAGGGAGGUGCCAGUCUCUGCUGGGUUCCUGCCGUGGGGAGCUGUGUCCCGGAGCCGCGUGGCUGGAUUCAAGGCCAGUUCCUUGCCCACAGCUGGGGCAGAGGACCCAUCUCCUGCUCCAGCCAGGCCUUGGUGGGCUCCAUCUUCACCAGCUGAAACAUCUUGGGGCAGGGAGAGCCUCUGCCCAGAGCUUUCUUUGACCGCCCUUGGUGGAAGUCCUGAUACCUCACCCAGCUGUCGCAGUGUUGUCCCCUGUGAUGGCAGAAGCCCCCAGCCCCCCUGCACCUCCCAGAUCCCGGUCAGCUCUGGAAAAGCCUCCGGGAAGGGCUGAGCUCUGCUGCGGUGCAGGUUUCAAGCCCCUGAGCACCGUGGGAACCGCAGCCUGGGCAGGGAGCCAGGCGCUCGGUGCCUCCCAGCACCCCAGGAAGGGGCAGCGAGGCAGGGGCUGAGCAGCGUGGCACUGGCU